AUGUCUGAUCGUCGUUUCACCGUUCAUGGUGACUUCCCUAAACUUAAGAUAGUAGAAAUGAUUCAUAACCCUACUUUACGGAAAAGGACAAUGUCCGGUCUCGUCUGCAAAGUGGACUUGAUAGCCACGAGCAUAACCAUAAAUGCUACACCCGAGCCGAAGAAUGCUCCGGUGACACCUCAAGAGGCCUCAUCAAAAUUUCCGAGAAGGGCGUGCAAGGAUGAGGCAUUGAUUCGAAUACAAAAUCUUAAGUACGAUUAUGAUUUCGUUCGGCCGACCCCAGCAAAAUCUGUUUCGCGUCGCAUUACAAGCAUGCCUAUGUCUCUUCCUCCUCGCCGAUCUGUUCAGCAAACUCCAUCUGGUCCCAACAAGGAUAUUUUAGCCAGUCCUAGUAAUUGUAUUAUUCUAACUUUGUAUUAG